CUUGACAGCGGUUUUGAGCCACCUGUUUAUUUGUGAGUGGUUAAAUUGGCUUUUCUAUGCAUGUGGGACUUCCCACGGUUAGAACCAAGCUGUCUCUGGAAAUUUCAUUCGAACUUCAUGCUGUAAAGUAAUCAGCGCUUAGGUUUUGUCGAGAACUAAAGUCAUUUGAUGUCUUGGAAAAAUUUCUAUCGGCGUUUUUUUUGAUUCGCCGAGCUUGUGCUUUUGACACUCGAGGAGAAAAGCGUCUCUUGCCAGAAGCGAUCUCCAGGAUUCCCUGUUCUGUCAAAAUAAGAAGUAAACAUAUUUGGACCACUGGAUUUAACAGACGCCUUCGUAAGGAGCAUGUUUAGCUGAUGAAGAAUGAGACAUGUAGGAGAAUGUGGGCAAGACUACCCAGACAUCUAUUCUAUUUGGCAGUUAUUUUCGCAACCUGCUGGCAAGGAACAGUUGCAUUAGUUAAACGCGAAACAGAAGAGUUCCGCCUUCUGAGGAACUUGUUUAAAGACUACGACAAAGAAGUGAGGCCAGUCUACAACACGAGCGACGUUGUCAAUGUUAAUUUCAGUUUGAGCUUGAUUCAGAUUAUUUCAGUGAACAGCAAGUCUCAACUUCUGACGUUGAACGUUUGGAUUCGGCAGAAAUGGGAAAAUCCGAUGUUAGGAUGGAAUUCAUCCCAUUAUGGAGGAAUAAAAUCAGUGAACGUCGAUCCCUCCAAAGUAUGGAUCCCUGAUGUCAUACUUUAUAACAAUGCGGAUGACAGCAAUGGCGGUGGAUUAGAGAAAUAUAAGACAUCUGUUGUUCUUCACUCUAAUGGAGUCAACGAAUGGAAUGCCCCAGCCUCGUUUACAAGCACCUGCAAAAUCAACGUGGCUAAUUUCCCGUUUGACAAGCAAAACUGUUCUUUGAAAUUCGGCUCAUGGACUUUCCAGGGCGACCGCUUGACAAUGAAAUCGGCACAACCAUCAGCUGAUCUAAACCUAUACCUACAAAAUGGUGAAUGGAAUCUAAUAGCGAUGCCGGCUCAGUUAAACAAGGUAUAUUACAACUGCUGCCCGUAUCCUUACCAUGAUGUCACCUUGUACUUGAUUAUCAAAAGAAAGCCUUUGUAUUAUGUGUUCAAUUUAAUCCUACCAUGUGCCUUAAUUUCCACACUAACACUGAUCAAGUUCUUCCUGCCGCCUGAAUCUGGAGAAAAAGUCGGUCUGGGCAUUACUGUUCUCUUGGCAAUGACCGUGUUCUUGUUACUCGUUGCUGAAACACUCCCGGCAACGUCCGACGAUGUCCCAUUGCUGGGUCAGUAUUUCAUCGCAACCAUGUCUGUCACUGCAAUGUCACUUGUCGGAACCUGCACAAUUUUAAACUUUUUUCACCGUAGUCCGUCGACUUCGCCGAUGCCCGGAUGGGUACGUGUCAUCAUCCUGGGGUACAUGGCAAAAGUGUUCUGCUACAGGAAUGAGACAGAAGAGGAAGCAAAAAUGACGCCUAAAGCCAAACGAAGGAAAAUCGAGUUCGACUUGAACGGUGACGUCGUGUUCGAUGACGAUACUUACAUGACGCUGCCGGAUCCGGAGAGUCCACGAAAGUUUCGCGAUGACAUGUCGCUUAUUUCUCAGAGCGGUCGGAGCACUCCGAGCAGGCGAAGUGUUCGCAGUAUGAGUAUCAUAGGAGGCCACAGUUCGUUCGCCGAGAGGCUUCUCGAAGAUAUCAAUACUCUGGCUGAGGACGUUCGCGCACGACAGGAAGACGACAGACAGAGAGAAGAAUGGCGUAUUGCCGCCCUAAUAAUGGAUCGGAUGUUUUUCUGGCUGUUUUUAUUCAUUUCUCUUCUUACAACAUUCUUAAUAUUCUACAGAGCACCUGUCGUCGAUUAAAACAGCAACAAAAAUGUAAACAGUAGAUUCUAAAGACAGUGCUGCUCGGUUUAAGUUAACGAUGUUGGCCGGGGAGGCUGCUCGACGCUCUACGGAAGUUUAGGGAAGUCCUAAAAGAUGUCUAUUUUUCAAGUUAUUGAUGCGAAGUGAAAUUGGCCGGUCUUGAGCCUAUUCCCAAACUGAAGAGAAUUUGUUUAUAUGACAAUAAAACCUGUGUAUUUGAGGUUAAAUUAAAACGCGCCCUAGUUGGAAAUGUAACACCCAAAGCGGUGCCAAAACGCAACCUCGGUCAAUCCUUGUAAAAUACUCGGAAGUGUCGUAAACACAGAUUUUUGCGGGGAUUUUGUUUGUGAAAGUUAACAAAAACAUUUCCGCUCUGAAUCGUGAAAGAGUUGACACAUAGUAAGUUAGGUACAAGCUAUCGAAAUAAUUUUAAAUGUAUAUACGAUUUCGUCAACUUUGUAUCAUACAGAUGAUAAUGGUAGCAAGUAUGGCAUGAUUAAACAAACAACAGCAAGUGCUUGAGAAAAUCAAGGAAAUGACGUAAUUCUCCGUAACAAAAAAAAAGAUGGGGGCUGUACAUUUUACCACAAUACCAUGCGAGCCUUACACAGCCCACAAAGUACAAGGAAAGCCAUAUUUUUGCAAGAUUUGUCCCUGUGCUAACGACAUUGUAUAUGCCAGGUUUGAAGAUUCUAGAACUUUUCUGUACGUUUUUAACUGAACUAAAAAUAAUGUGUGAAUGUAUCAGUUGCCAUCUUUUUUUCUACGGAGGAUUUGCCUUAAACAAUCUGAUGAAUUUCAGAACUAAUUUAACUGACAUAAUUUCUUUUUAUUACAUUGUAGAAAGAGCUAGUUUUUGCUUUUUUGUGUGCGUACUAUGAAUGCAGGAGCUUUCCUGAUGUAGAAUAGAAAUCAUUUCAGCUGAUUUGCACCCAGAUGAAGGUCCAAGAAAGAUUUGGAGCAUUGUAAGUUAAUUGUGUUCGUAGGGCAAUAUCGGUUUUAUACUAUCGAUAUAUAUCAUUACGUAACCAAGAUCUGACUGAACCAUAGUAAUCAAGCUAUCAAUGAUAAUAUAUGAGAAUGCAAAAUCGAACCAAUCGACGGAGGUAUGCUGAAUUAAUGUUUUCAAUGAAGUUUUAGUUACAAUUACUAUUUGUCUGCUUCACCGUAGGAAUCAUCUUUUUCAUAAAGUACAGAAAUUCGCUCGAAGUGUUAAGAUUACUUUCUUUUCAUCAGUGUAAAAGUUACGCUUCUCAUUUCCUUUGUUAAAGAAUAUUUCUGCUAGUACAUUAGGUAUAGGUCUACAAUUCUGUAAUGGAUGUAUCAACAUUGAUUUAAUACGACUCUAUAUCUGUUGAUUAUCUUAUUUUCUCUUUUUUGCUGCCCAUUCAUCGGCUUCUCAGACGCAUCGAUAACAGAUAAUGAUUACAGAUAAUGACCCAUAAUGUGCAGUUAUAUCCCACAAAGGAAAUGAUGGCUAUAGUACAAAAAAGUGGCUCAAUCGUGCCA